CUUUCAGGAAUGGACCUUUUUCACGGGCUGUGAUGACGCGUUACUCAGCAUCGUAAAUCUCGAGUUUUUUUUUUAUUUUUCAUUAAAAAUUAUUUUUAAAAAGUAUGUAAAUUUAUAACACUAUACUUAGUAUUAUAUUAUCUUUGCAUCAAAUAACAAGAAACUAGUUAACACUUCUGUGUGGGCUGUUGGAGCGAGUACUUGACUUAUGAAAUAUUAGUCACGUCACGUGACUGGACGCUCAGCCUACGAAACAACGUAUUCAUAAGCUACAUCGUCUAUCUCUGAAUAAAAAAACAAACAUUUUCAGCAAGAUAUGAACCUGUAAAAGGAUUGAAAACACUAUCGGGAACAGUGAUAUGAUUAUUUGAACAUUACUACUCACUCCAGUUGGCAAUCUGUUACACAAAAUUGCAUAUGUAUGUAUUUUUAUAAUAAUUGUUAGUAUUGUGGGUAUGGGCAAUAAAUGUCAUAUUAACAUUUUUGGGAACACAAAAUGAAAUGUUAUGUGUACAUUAACAGUUUUCUAUGAACAUAUAUAAAGAACUUAUUUUUGUCACGUGUCCUGUGUCGCCCUCUCUUGGCGUGUUGUGGUAUUACUGCAGUGCGCAGUGUGGCUGAACUCUCUGCGCAUGCGCGAGGCGAGCAGCGCAACAGAUACGGACAGAAGGACGCAGACCCCUGGAGUAAAAGCGGACUCUCAAACAUAGUUUUAAAAUCAAGAUCUAAAGCAGGGAGAGGGAUUUAAACACGUCCUUCAGGAUGGCAGAAGCAGAGGAAAAAAACAAUAGCUGUGGGACAAUAUGCCUUAAAUACCUUCUGUUCAUCUUCAAUCUUCUCUUUUGGUUGGCAGGUGGCGCUGUGAUGGCAGUGGGAAUAUGGACUCUGGUGGAUAAAAGCGACUACAUCAGCCUUCUGUCCUCCAGCUCCUACAUGAUCGCUGCCUUCAUCCUGAUUGGUGCGGGCGCCGUCGUCAUGUUCACCGGGAUACUGGGAUGCUGCGCCACCAUCAGGGAACAAAGAGCUCUUCUUUUAGUGUUCUGUGUCCUGUUGUUGAUAAUCUUCCUCUUGGAGAUCACAGCUGGAAUCUUGGCUUACGUCUAUUAUCAGGAGUGUUUUCCUCUCUGCUACCAGCUGAACGCUGAGCUGAGAGCCGAUCUGAAAGAGAGGAUGGUGGAAAACUACCAGCAGCCGGGACAAGAGCACAUCACCAACGCCAUCGACAGACUCCAGCAAGACCUGAAGUGUUGUGGCAGUAACAGCUCAGCGGACUGGGGGGACGGGGCCUGGAGACAGACGCCUGGUGCUGACAGACGCCUGGUGCCCGACAGCUGCUGUAAGACCCCCACAGACCACUGUGGACUCAGAGAUCACCCAUCCAACAUCUACAAAGUUGAGGGUGGAUGUAUAUCCAAACUAGAGGAGUUUAUUCUUCAUCAUCUGCUGAUUUUGGGCUCAGUGGGUCUUGGGAUUGCAUUUAUUCAGAUUGUUGGGAUGAUUUUUACCUGCUGCCUGUAUCGAAGUUUGAAAGAAGAAAUCUACUGAGAGAAAGACUCUUUAUUCCCACCAACACCAAAUAAGCCUUCAUCGCUGUCUGUCACUGUGUGCUUUUAAUGUGUUGUGUGUUAUGAUUAUGAUUAUGAUGGCGGGUCAAUAUUUCUUGGCUGCAGGGCAGUCGUUCUGGAAAGGGAACUUUACAUUGUCUUGUUUAAGCAAAGAUUAUUGAUGCAAUGUUUGUACAAAUACACCAGUUGAAUAGUAACAAUUGUUUUGUUUCUGACAACACAUGCCUUCCAUUAUUUUUAAACAUACUUUCCAGUUACAGAAGUAAUUAUUGGCAAUGAUUAUGGAAAUCUUGAAAUGACAUGAAUUUCUAAAUGCUUUGUGUGUAAUAUUUGUUCUAAUUAGGGCUGUCAAAUGAUUAAUCGCGAUUAAUCGCAUGCAAAAUAAAAGUUUGUGUUUACACAAUA